UACAGAGUCAAUGCCAAUGGACAUUCAGUCAAAAAUUGAAUGUCAACGCAUUCAACAGUUGAUUGGAUAGAGCGCAGCAUAAAAUUCCCUUGAAAUUGUUUAUUCCGAGAAAAGUUCAGUGAAAAUGGCCACAAAGCAGAAAAAGUGGUUCAAAUCAGCGUUUGAUGCGCCACAAUCCCCUGCAGUGAACACACAAAAACGGCCGAAGAUGCAGAGUGUGUUUUCGAACGAGGAUGAUUCGAUUAAUUUUAGCGAAUUGGAUUUAUCGAGUCUGGACAACAACAAUCAAACGACUGCUGAAAUUCAGAAACCCACGGCUGAAGUCACCAUGAUUCAUACCGAUUUCAAAUCAUCGAAUUGGAUUGAGAAUUUUGCACCACGCACCAAAGUGGACCUCGCCAUACAUGCGAAAAAAGUCGCCGAAGUUGAGGAUUGGUUUCGAGUGAUUAAAGACAAACGAAUGAAAAAUGCUGCACCUAUCGUUUUGGUGACUGGGCCAAGUGGCAGCGGCAAAUCGGCUACAAUCAAAAUCAUUGCUCAGGAAUUUGGAUACACAAUCAGUGAAUGGGUCACUCCAAUGGAUCUGGAACAUCCGCGUUAUGAUCGAACUGACAAUGAUAAAGUGACAUUUUCGGAAAGCCAAAUCGACAAAUUCACACAGUUUCUGUUCCAAUCGUCACGAUAUCGAUCGGUAUUUGAUACAGCAACAAAACGGCUCGUUUUGGUUGAAGACUUUCCAAACAUAUUCAUCAAAGAUCCGAGCAGUUUUGAGGAAGUUUUAGAAAGAUACUCCAGCUACGGUAAAUCACCAUUGAUUUUCAUCGUCGCAGACACAAAAUCGCGUACGCUCAACAUCAGCUUCAAUUUGUUCACCGAUGAAAUUCGAAGCCGAUUCAAUAUCACAUCGAUCAGUUUCAAUCCAGUGGCUGACACAAUGCUGAAGAAAGGACUGAAACGAAUCUGUGAUAUUAUGGGGCAAAAUGGUUUCAAAAAAUACUACACCGAACCAAGCAAAGAUACAAUCGAAUCGAUCGUUUUGUCGUCGCAAGGGGAUAUUCGCAGUGCGGUGAUCAAUUUACAUUUUGCAUCUCAGAAAAAUUCCACAAUGUUACCAGUCCAGUCUCUCAACCUUAACAAGAAAACCAAAAAUACCAAAAAAUCUAAAUCAAAAUUAAAGUCUUUAGGCACUGAUGAAAAUAUCACCGUUCUACACGCUCUCGGUCGGGUUUUCAAUCCAAAAUACAAAGAAGAAGCCGAUGCACUUGGCAACAAAACAUUCCUACAUUCACCGGAUGAAAUAACCAGUUUGCUCACAACUCAACCGACCACAUCGAUAAAUCUCAUACACCACAAUUACAUUACCCACUUCCAGCGGCUAGAAGAAAUCAUCAGUGCCAUAGAUUGCAUCAGUCAUUCCGAUGUUAUGUUGAAUGAAUGGCGUUCGGAUCUGUGCGCAGAAAUCGGAGUUGGCCUUGCUGUGCGCGGUGUUAUGACAGCUAAUGAAAAUCCUGUCACGGGCCGUUGGAUGCCAGUGAGAAGUGCCAAAAAUCAACUUAAAACAAAUGAAUACGAUAAAGAGCGCAAAGACUUCGGAAUUUCACUGCUUGUGUCAUCAAACAACUUUGCCUGUGAUUAUCGCACCUACAUCAAGCUCAUUCCAAAAGUAGAAGCAACUGAAGCCCUCAAUACCACUGAAAUUAUUGAAUAAACAUCCAUUCUGUACGGAAUUAUUAUUUUCAAUGUGUAAUUUUUCUCCGUUGUUUAUGUGUUUUUAAUAAAUCAAUUCGUUCAAAUCAA